GAAUAGUUUCACAGUACGCAUGUAAUUUUUGAGGCAAAUUAUAGCUUGUUGUUUUGUGUGUCAGAGUCAAGACUCCGUGUUGAGGACUACAUACUUUGAUCUAUAAUGAUCUAUAAUGUAUGAAAUGUACAUACAGUGUUAAUACGAAGUAGAAAGUAGGUGCACAGAAAGCCUUAUUUUCACUUUGUUGAUUGGUGAUUUUCCCAGAUUGAAUAGAUAGCAGGAAGAAACGAAACCAUUUUAUUUCGCAGUAAGUAAUUUGUUUACAUGCAAUUAUAUCUAUUUCCUAAAAUGGCGACCGGUAGAGACCCUAAUGUAAAGGACGAUGAAGAUCCGUGGUUGAAAGCCGUAGAAAAUGCUGAUGUCUUUGUAAUGUAUAACAAUGACGAUGAGUACGAAAUAUCUAAAUACAUUUUUACCAUUUUUCAAAACAAUAAAGUGGCCUAUGUUUCUCCAGAGGAACACAUCAUGCCCGGAUUUAGAACGUACCAGGCAAUUGAUCAAGCUAUUUCAGCGAGUAAGAAAAUGUUAUUAAUUCUUUCUAAAGAGAGCAUAGAAAAUUUCUCUUUUUCGCUGGAAACACUAUUAGCAUUGGAGAAAAGUUUGCAGACCAAUAAGCUCCGACUAAUCAUUCUUUUGAAAGACGGCCUUGGUGAAGAGAAUAUUCCAAAGUUACCCAUGCUACAGUUGGCCAGUCAUGUGAUCCUCGAAAGAAAUUUACAUGAGAAAUGUAUCAUGAAUGUUAUUGAAAUGAUUCGUGCUGAUGUCACCAUUGACUCUGUGUUGCCUGCUGGUAAUUUAGCCGCUGGAAUGGCAUGGUCACAUUUCACAGGGUACCUUGAGCUUGUUCUCCCAGAGCUUGCACAAGGAAUAAAAAAGUCUGACUGGUUUAAUGACAACCCUGGGCAUAUGCCUCUCUGUCUCUUCAUGUUAUUACCACAUAGUGGAAGAAGUACAGGUAAACUUGGUGAUGAUGAUCGAGACGUUGAGGAGGUAGGACAAAUUGAAAUAAUAAUAAAUCACAGACCAUACAGCCCAAAAGUGUGUAAAGUUACAGAAAGGGAUAAGAACGGGCACAUUAAAAGCGAAUACUUCUGUGUUGCCCAAUACCCAGGAGCAUUUUGUGCACUUGGGACAAUCAAAGAAGAAAUUUUAUGUAGUUUCACAAAAACACAGAGAGAUGUGGAGGUUCAAAGGUUUUACCAUUACCUAAAUGAAAUCCUUAAUCAUGAGAAGUACAAACAGUAUGGUGUAUUGACUAAAAUGUUGAUGUACGAUGACGAAGAAAAAGGAGAAUCUGCUACUAUUUCAUACCAACUAAGACAGGGCGUUCAUGACGUUAUUAAAAAUCAACUCGAAAAGGCAGCGGAAGGAGUGAAAAAAGCAGAAGAAACAGAACAUUACAGAGACGAAGUGUGUUUAUUAUAUCACGCCAAGGACACAAAAUUAGUUUUUAAAGUGAAAGACCACCUCGACAAAAACAAAAUCCGGUAUUCCCAGGCCCGACCUGCAUCAUCAGACGAGAGAGAUGGUGAUUCUUUGUCUGAAAUCGAAAGACGUGUACGAGAUGCAAGAUGGGUCAUUUUGUUCAUCACGGAGUCAUCAAAUAGAGAUAUGAUCAGCAUGUUUUUGGCAGAGAUUUUAAGCAUUGGCAUAGAGACGAACUCGUUGAACGUAAUUCCAGUAUUGAAUGGUAUCACACCCACAGCUAUUCCCUCAUUCAUCAGAUGGGCUAGGCAUAUAAGUAUAGACCGUGACGAAGAUUACUUGGAUAUGAUUGUUGAUGCUGUGAGAGGGAAAGAUGUGUCAAUGAAAUCCCAAAUUCCAGUCGGAAAUGUUGCAUAUGGAUUAGCGUGGGGAUUCUUUGUGAAUUAUUUAAAGCACGUACUACCAGAUUUUAGAGAACGUGUAAUGCAAUGCAUGUCAAAAGAUCCAAUACGUAAAUAUAGAGAAAAAAGUAGGCGCAAUGUAGUUGUCUCACAACAGAUGUGGGAGAUCAUACCAAAGAGUUGCAAGUUUAGACCGACCUUGAGCGAGGUAGAUACAGAAAUAAAAGGUCCAUGGAGAGUCGAAAAGGUAGAGAAACAUCUGCAUGGUGCAAAGAGGAUAUUCCCAUGUAAUCUUUGGCACAUUUGUACAAGAGAUACAGAUUAUUACUUUGCGGCUGAAUAUCUAACACCUGUGAAGACAUUGUACAAUAUGCACAUCUCAAUGAUUGCUGGACUUAGUUAUGAGCAGAUGAUGCACCAGAGAGAGGACUUGACAGAACAACUAAGGGGUAUUCUGACCACAGCUUCAAAAAGGGAGGAGUAUCAAGAAAAAUGUGGAAUCAUUGUUUAUGAUGAUUCAUCUGACGAACCCUUAUCAUCAGUUAUCAUCAAUACCAUUAAGAAGGAAACUGGUCAUAAAGCAGAACACGACGCUUUACUGAGAUAUCUGAGCAAGGACGAAGAAAAGUAACAGACUGAAUGUUAAUAUAUGAAUCCUGGUUAAUACAGGCUACAGAUAAACACUUUGUGCAUAUGCCAAUGCACAUGUUUGCCUAUUGUUGAUAACAUAUUAAAGUGCAUCAACAGUAAUGAAUGUUGAAACAUCACUGUUACAAAAUUUGCGUAAUUAUAAUUUUAUAGUGUUUCAUUUUUUAAGGAAAAUCAUUUCUAGAAGGAUAACUCUAUAUGAUACAGUUAACAACAGUAAUCGUUAUUAACUGGAUACUAGUUCAUUCGAAUAUCAUAAAAAUGUAUAUUUCAAUCUUGUUGGACAUAUUUUAAGAAUGUCGGAUUGACAGUGCCCUUAUACGCACUAGGUGUAUUUGUCAUAUUUGUUGAUUUCUAUAUUUAUGCAUUUCCUUUUAUUUAACAUGUAUCAUGUUUCUAUGAACUACUCUCUUAUUUGAAUGCAUCUUAUAUUGAAUAUAUGAAACAUGUAAUGUAAUAUUAUUUGAGAACCACCAUUUUCCUGUUUCUUUCUUUCUUUUCUUAAUUGUUAUUUCGGAUUGGUACAUUUUUAUUUGUAUACUUGAAUGUUUUCAUAAAAUAAAUGAAUUAUCUAGCAA